UUGAUCGGUUGAUUUCUAACAACAUGGCGAUCUUGUAAUCAGUUGUUGGAUAUCGUAUAAUUUUUAUUUCAAACAUUUGAAUUACAGUGUAAAUACGUUUAUAUGUGCCGCUAAAUCUUCACAUAUAUCAUUAACAUCAUAUUGUUUAUAAUUAUUAUUGUUCAUAACUAUUUCCUUUACGUACAGAAAGAGAUAUAUGUUGUUUAGAUUGUGGAAACUUACUUUGGCAUACAUAUAUUACUUGAAGAUCAUUGAACUUAAGAAUUUCGUCAUAGUAUCCUAAUGUUGUCGUGAUGCCGAGGCGAAGUACAGAAGUAGCACAGCUCCCUAUGCCGCCAAGGAAGAAAAAUAAAAUUGUUGAAGAGCCGCCAAGUCUGGACGUUAGUUUCUCCGAUGAUGAGGCAUUACCACCGGGUAUAGUAUUCACUGAUGUCCAGCAGAAGAAAUGGCGCAUUGGAAAACCUAUUGGUCGAGGUAGUUUUGGGCGCAUAUAUCUUGCUUCAGAUGAUGUGAACAAAGAAGUGACAAAAUUGAAUGCAAGAUAUGUGGUGAAAAUAGAACCACACACAAAUGGACCACUAUUUGUGGAAAUACAUUGCUUAAUCAGAUCUGCACAGGUUUCUAAAGUAAAAUCAUGGCGACAACAAAACAAACUAAAGCGCCUUGGCAUGCCAGUUUACAUCGCCAGUGGAUCAUUCACAGAUGAUAGUACAGGAAUGAAAUAUCGUUUUCUUGUAUUACCCCGAUAUGAUAUUGAUCUGCAAAAAAUUAUAGCUAGAACCAAGGUAUUAGAUCUGAAAAAUGUUCUAGUGCUAGCCAUACAAAUUUUGGAUGUAUUGGAGUAUUUACAUAGCCAAGGCUAUACACAUUCAGAUAUAAAAAGUUCCAAUCUUAUGCUCGGCUUUGCUGGCUCUAAAUCAGGACAAGUUCCUUCCAUAAAAAUCACACCAUCAUUCCAAAAAGAGACUAAAGAAGUUGCUGUACUAUCUGGAAAGCAUAGAAAGGCUAAAAAUGGAAAAUAUAGAUCUUCUAAUUACUAUGACGAUGAAGACUUUGUUAUCAGAGAUUAUAAAAGUCCAAGUUCUGAAGAUAGAUCAGAAAAUGACAAGAGAUUAGCAAAUGUUAAAAGAAAGUUGAGAAAAAUUCUCUCGGAUAGAGACAAUAGGACCUUACACCGACAUCAUGCAUUCAACUUGAGACAGCUGUCUAAUUAUGUAAACUAUGAGGAUUUAAAUAGUUCUGUUUGCUCUGAUCAAUCAUAUCAAAGAUUACUGGAUGACUUUGGGAAUAAUUUCAUACGUACAACAGAAGAGUUCAGAGAAACUAAAAAGACAAACCAACAAAAAGAAUUUGUGGAUGAGUUAAAUGACUUAUACAGGGAAGCAAUACAAUCACAAUCUAAUGGGCAAAUUUACUUGUUAGAUUAUGGAUUGGCCUCAAAAUUUUUAGAUUCGGAAGGUAAUCACAAAGACUUUGGUAUGGAUGCUAGAAAAGCUCAUGAUGGCACAUUAGAGUACAGUUCAAGAGACUCGCAUAUUGGAGCUCAUUCACGUCGCUCUGACUUGGAAACACUUGGUUACAAUUUAUUGGACUGGUUAACGGGUACCCUGCCUUGGAAGACCACAGAAGUACUUGCCGAACCAGAUUUGGUACAUGCUCUAAAGAAAAAUUUCAUGGGAGAUAUAAAAUUACUAUUGAAAACUUGUUUUAAGACUGAAUUUUUCCCACAAUUUAUGGAGAAAUAUUUGCAAUAUAUUACAAGUCUAGAUUUCACUGAACAACCAGAUUAUGACUAUUGUAGGAACUUAUUUAGAAGUGAGUUAUUGAAAACUAGUAAUAUUGGUGAUAAAGAAGUACUUCUCAACUUUACAGAAGUACCUAUAUCACCAAUGAAACGGAACAAACUAUGUUAUUCAAAAAGAUUUGGUAAGAAAAAUUCACCUCCUGAUUUCUUAUCUAGAAAGGGAAUAAAAACUGCAUAUGAAAGAGAAAAUGUUUAUUCCUUAGAAAAUGACCUCAAAUUGGAAUUAUUAAAACAAACGCUAAACACCUCUAGUGAUGGAAUUCGUAAACCUUGUACCUCCCGAAACUUCUUUAUAUCUGAUGCUGAUUUGGUGGCUCGUCUCAAGAAGUCAUUAAUGCCGCUCGACAUACUUGGCAAGAAAUUGUCACCGAAAAACCUACGUUCUAAAAAGAAAACUAUUCAGAAACGGAGGGGUGUGAAAAGGCACAGAAACAGUAUUGGAAAGUUUGGGAACUUUAUGGGGUCUGCAAGACAAUUCACUUGGGCUGAAAUAUUAGCUGGUAACCCAGAAGACAUAAUCCGUAAAGAACGCAAUGUUGCUAUGGUAGAUGAUGAAGAUGAUGAUGAUGAUGAAAAUACUUGCAAAUAUAGAAUCAGAAAGUUAUCCAAUGCUUCAUCAGAUGGUUCUAUUGAUCAUCUCCAAUCACCGUUGAUGCAAAAAGAUUACUUCCAAGGAAUAAAUCCUACUUAUGCAAUGAAGGAAGUAUUGGCUAACUUCAAGAAAAAAGCUGCAGGCAAAGUGACUAAAGACUCUGAAGAAUGUCCACAAGGUUUAGAAGGUUAUACUCCAGCAAUGAUCAAAAUAUACAGAAUAAAAGAGAAACGAGAAGCUAAAGAAAAACUUGAUGCAUUGAAACAACAGAGUUCGGCGAAAAAGGAAGUAGUGCAAGUACAACCAAGAUGCACAAGGUCCAUGAAGAAGAAAUAUGUUCAAGUAAUUGAACCCAAACCUCGAGUGACAAGAAAGAAGACUGUCAGUAUGGAUAGUGAGAAAAAAAUUGAUAUAGAAAUAGUUACUCCUAAGAGCAAUAAUAACACCAGAAGUAGAAAUAAGGCUGCUAUGAAAAAAGAAGUUAAAAUUAUUGAAAAAGAAAAAUCGCCACUGAGACCUAAAAAAAAAAGAUGCUCCAUCAUCAUUCCCAACAACCGGAGACGUCUACGAAGCAGUAGGCGCAAGCAAAAUUAGUGGAGCUGCUACUAGUUUCUUUGUCCGAUUAUAUUGUUUUAAUGCAUUGUAGAUUUAUAACUCCAAACUCUGGAUACGGAACAAUUUAGAAUGUAGAACGUACAACUUUAUCCUUCACCUGUUCCCUACACUCGUGUAAUGUUGUAAUUACGCGUUAAUAAAACUGAUAUUGAUAAUUUUUUUGAUUAAUUAGAAUGUAUUUAUUUUUGUAUCUCCCCAUUUUUCGUGGAAAUAAAUCUUACAAUGAUCUGAAGUCUGCUUUCUAGUUUAUUCCGUAUUCUGAACCAAAUAAGUGUUGUGCCGCCUUGUGUCUGACAAUAUUGAUGAUAUUAUUUUGUCAUUUAAUAAUGUCGUAAUCAUAAUUCAUUAUGUAUUAGAAUUAACAUUCUUAGUUACAACCAGAAAUAUUGAUUUAUUACAACUAAAGAUUUCUAUAAUUUCAAUAUUCUUGCAGUAUACCAAAUGACCUUUUUUAUGUAUUUUAUUUAAAUCAAAAUCAUUAUUGAAAAAAUGUAUGUCUAAGUAUAACAUAAGUUCACAAAAUUGUGACAAUAUUCGAAUUAUUGAAAUUCGAAUCAAUCAAUGUAAAUAAAAUUCAAGUUUAUUUGAUCAGUUUUUAUUAUAAUAUUACUCACACAGCUGAAUAAACUAAAUUCAAUGUCGCGAUUGCUGCAUUACUGCAUUGUUUAUCGUAUUUUUAAAUCUAUAAAAGUAAUUAAUAAAAAUAUUAAUAUACUUUUUUAUUAAUUUGGUGCGAGGAAUUAAACCACCAUUGGUAUACACUAAUAAAAAUUUUUGGGAGAACUAUGAAUGUGGGAAAAUCAGACUGUGAUUUUAAUAGAUGUGUUUUGUAGUUUUACUAUUUACAAUUUAUAAAAUUACAGCGAUAUUUUACGUUUCGUACCAAGAUUUCACUAUAUUUUCGUCUUAGGCUUAUUGCCUAACGCGUCACUUAAUUAAAUAUUAGCCACCUAAUAAAAAAAUAUAGAAACUAUGUAAAUAAUAAAACAAUAGUGCUAGGUAUUUUGAAUGACUUGUUUGCGUUUUAGACAUUUAAGUAUAAUGUACCUACCUAUCGCAAAAUUUACAAUUAAAAAAUAUACAUCGCACUUGAAUAUUCUCGCUGUUGGGGUAUCAACGCGAUUUUUGGCUUAAUAUUUUUUUUUUGCAUUUAGUAUUUUAACGGAAUUCUGCGAAAUAUCCGUUUCGAAUAUUUUCUUGUGUAAUUCUCUUGUAGAUGAAUAAAGUGAUUUGUUAUAAUA